GUUUCAGAUGUGGAAGCUUCCCGUUGGAAACGUGUCAUUCAUAAGAAAGUUGGAGAUACUGUGGAGCUUUCAUCAGAUUUACCGACUGAAGGUGUCACCCUGGCGUUUUGGAGAUAUGGAGGUUUAACAGUUGCAGAUAAAGAUGGGGAUGCUUCUAAUAAACAUCAUUUUAAGGACAGAUUAGACUUCAACCUAACAAGCUUUAGCUUAACCGUGAGAAAACUGACGCUUCAAGAUUCAGGGGAUUUCAGUUUUGUGUCAGAGGUGAACUACCAGCAAAGGGAAACAGUCGUCAUCACUCUGCAAGUUCAUGAACCCAUAACUCAGAAGCCUGUUGUGAAAAAAAUCAAUUCCACCCACAAUGCCUUGGAUAAAUCCUGUACAAUUUUGCUGGAGUGCAGCGCCUCUUCUGACAGCACUGUCACCUACACAUGGACUGUGGGGAGCCAAACCUGGACUGGACCCAAACUGUAUCAUGUCUUCAAGGAGGACGAUGGAAACACCGCAUUCACCUGCACAGUUUCCAACUCUGUCAGUGAGGAGUCUGCAUCCUCACCCUUUGAAUGUAACAAUGAUACUUCCUUACCCGAAAAUCCACAAGAUAAAGAACCUUCUCUUGUCUCAUUGAUCAUUUGGCUGUUUGUUGGAAUUUUGGUGAUUCUGCUGUUACUUGCGCUGCUGCACUUCAUAAGGUCAAAAGGUGUGCGGUGUAACAGGCCCGCACAGUCUGAAAACAUCCACCAGGAUCAAAGUCAGCAGCACGUUUACUCCUCUCUUCUCCACGGUGAUGGCAGCGUCUAUGAAACAGUGAGAGGCUCUGAAGAUGUUGGAACAGGCGAUGGUUGUGACUAUGAACCAAUGAGAAGCUGUGAAGACACUGCUACAGGUGGACCACCAGAUGACGCUGCAUCCACACCAAUUCAGACCAAAGAUCUUGAUAAAGAGAAUGAGUAGACAAAAAAAAAAGCAGGACGUUUUUUUGCUGGUGUUCUUUCCUAGUCAUGUUGGUGCAGACUGUUAACGGUUUACUGCUCAGUCAUGCACCUUCUCCUUCCUCAUGUACUCUUUUAUCAUGAUAUGAUGGCCCAAACAAAUGCUGCAUACAGCUGCUGAUAGAUGCAAAGUAGUGCAUCUUGGAUUCUAUUGUUUCAUUUUUAACACACAAUCAGUAGAAACUGGGGCUCAUUUUAAAGUCUAAUCAAGCUCUUGAUGACAUUUUAGUGUUAACCCUUAGAUGCAUAAGUGGGUCAAAAAUGAUCCAGCGAGGUUGUUUUCUUGCAAAAUCUUUGCAAUGAAAAGUAUUUAUAAUUUCAUUUUCCAGCUAUUCCUCCAAAAACAUGUUUUUGAUAUCAUUCCAUUUACAUUUUUAAGUUACCUUUUAUACUUUUAAAGAAAUUGGAAUAUUUGUAUUGCUACCCCAAGCUCGUUAUCAUUGGUAAUAUCAUAAGAGGUGAUGAAGUACACAAAGUUGGAGGGACAAAGAGUAGCAAAAGCUGGAGGAAAAGAGUGUAAAAAUGUCAAUAAAAUGGAUGUUGACAUUCUUCUAUUGCUGUUCUGUGUAACAUUCUUUGCCCAUUGUCAAAGUGUUCAAAAUCUUUGCAAAAACAAAAGUGAAAAAUAAAAAUAUUUAAAAAAUG